AUGUGACGCAUGCGCAGUGACGUGAUUCUUCUGUUGGAAAACAUGGCGCGACUUUCGAACUGUCGCUUGGCGUUUGAAAAUGUUACACCCGAAUGCAGUUUGUAAGCGGCCAUGAAGGAAGACCCUCGACGGCCUCCGCUCAAAGAACGACACGAACAAGCGCCGUCAUGUUCGAAGUCGAGCCGCCGCCUGAGCAGAAGCUUCAAACUAAGCCAGCAGCAGCAACAACAACAUCAUCAGCAGCAGCAAAACGUCUCGGACAAGUCGGACAUCUCCGACACACCGAAGUUUGAAUUUAAGACCCCGACCAGGCCUUGCUCAUCCAGAGCUACCGCAGCAUUCAGUGGCGAGUCCCCGCAUGACUCGGACACCCAUCAUGACAUCGUUUGGGACGCCUCGUCGCCAUCGCCCCAGCGACUGGGCAAACGGGCGAAGAAGCACGCGCCGGGUGUGGUCAACAUCUCUGAUAUUGUCAGUAGAAUUGCGCCCAAGCACGGUCGGCCCGAAGUGAGCGAGCCCACCCUAUUGAAGUGGAUUGGUGACAGCGCCGCCAUCCCAUGCACGCCCGACGUUGAGCCGCCAAAAAACAGGAGAAAGUCGCCCAGAUCCAACGGCGUUGACGAUCUGCUGAAAUUGGCCAGGCGCUUUGACCUUAACUUGUUACAUCACGAGGACGAAGAAGAGGAGAAGGAGGGAGAUAUGAACCCCCAAAGUUUGCAACUGCAGUCACAGGAGCGUCUGCACAACCUCGCAUCGCCACCGAGACACACUGAGGAUGACCUGGACUUCCUGUUCGACGAACCCACUCAGCAGGCGAGCCCGAUGGCGGCCGAUAAAUCUUCCGCACUGGCAAGCGCCGACUUCUCAGUCAACUGGGAGGACAACGACCUGUUCGAUGACUCGUUACUUGCAGAGAUGACUCAAAACCCAGAGAACUUCUGCCUGCCCAAACACUGUUCCACACAGAAGACCGACCUGGCGGUGUCUGCAACUUUCGCUGACAGCCAAUCAAAAAGGAGCAGCACUGCGGAGACAGAAAACACCACAAAACCUGACUUGACAAACAUUUGUGGAUUACCCUCAGCAGUUUGUAUCGCCAGAAAAGAACUCGCCUCACCCAGUCCAACCCAAAAACCAGUUCCCGCAGCCUACGAUUUCCCGGAAGACGACUUGGACGCCAUCUUCUUGUCUGACCCCUUUUGGGACGAUCCAGAGGAUGAUGAGAUGCUGCGUGAACUCUGCGAGGAUGUAGAGAAUCGGAUGGGACACGAAGGCGCCACCGUUGAACCCUGUCCCGGAAAAUAUUCUCAUCCUUGCUCACUUCCGGAGCGACCAGCUGCACAGCAGUUUACCUUUAAGAGACCUGGCAACCCCGUUUCCAUGGUGACCAGCAAGCCUGGUUGCAUGGUGAGCAACCAUCCUAUUUCCAUGGUGACCAGCAAGGUGGUUGUCAAAUGUUCUGCACUGGAGAUCGAGCGGAAGAAGCAGCAGGCCAUGGAGCGCCGGCGACGCCGCUUGCAGGAAGUCCAGAAUAUCAAAUGAAAUCCCAUCUCCUUGUAUCUUUUAACAUUAAACUACAAUUUGUCAUUCACUUUAUUAUGUCAUGGCCAACAUGCCAUUAAAAAUCUUCACAGAAAUUGUAAAUAAAAUUAUGACAAACAGGAAUCAGUAGUAGGUUUUCAUUCCUCAAAUGCAUCACACUGGUUUUUUUUCCAACCUUUAAUUGGCAACACGGUGUGUUUGAAAUGUUCAUAUUCAUCACUAUUAUUACUCCUAUAAGUAUUCACAUGUAAACACCACAGUCGCACAACAUUGCGUGAAAUGAGCCAACAGCCUCACCGCUAAGUGUGUUUUGGUAUGACUUUCCUAUUAAAAUGUGUCGUUUGUUCUGGUGUUUGGCCGGCCACGUGGCUCAUGUCAUCCAAUCGCGUGAGAGCGAGCAGGGCCCGACGCCGCAUAAACCGCACGCGCGUGCAAAAAAACAA